AAAAACUAGCCGAGCUUCCGAACUCGGUUCGAGCUGUUGUUCGUGUUUGAGUGAACACUGGCGUUUGUGUUUGAAAAUUCCGCUUCCAGGACUGUGUUCCACAUCUGAAUACACCGUGAAAAAACCGUCGACUGAGUGUGUGUGUGUGUGUAGUGUCUGUGUGGGACCGCGAGUAGGAGAAAGAGGAGGAGGAGGAGGUGGAGAAAUAGGAGGAGAGGCAGGCACAAAGAGCGGAGAGCAUCCACAGAGAGAAAGGGAGAGGAGGCAGGAGGACGGAACUGAGGGAGCGGAGCGGAGAGGACGACAACGGGCAUCUACAGCGGAGAACAUUCCCCCUCUGUCAUUCGCUCAUCAGCGGCCAGAAGUAGCGUCGGUGAUCGACUGGUCCAGCAUCAGUUACCCCCUCUCCGGAGAUACCUGCUCCAGAUCCGUUUGUCCCUCAGCCCCUGCAGUAUCCAGUCGCCCUCUCCACUCUGUCCUGAUGAAGGAGGCCGACGCCAUCAAGCUGUUUGUGGGGCAGAUUCCCCGGAAUCUGGAAGAGAAGGACCUCAAGCCCAUUUUCGAGCAGUUUGGCAAAAUCUACGAGCUUACUGUGAUUAAGGACAAAUACACCGGCAUGCACAAAGGAUGUGCGUUUCUGACUUACUGUGCGAGAGAGUCGGCACUAAAAGCCCAGAGUGCUCUACAUGAGCAGAAGACACUACCAGGGAUGAAUCGGCCGAUCCAGGUAAAACCUGCUGACAGCGAGGGGAGAGGAGAGGACAGGAAGUUGUUUGUGGGCAUGCUGGGAAAGCAGCAGAGCGAUGAGGAUGUCAGGAGGCUGUUUGAGCCUUUUGGCAGCAUAGACGAGUGCACUGUGUUGAGGGGACCAGAUGGCACCAGCAAAGGCUGCGCGUUUGUGAAAUUCCAAGGACACGCCGAAGCUCAGGCCGCCAUCAACAGCUUACACGGAAGCCGCACGAUGCCCGGGGCGUCGUCCAGUCUGGUGGUGAAGUUUGCCGACACAGAGAAGGAGCGGGGGCUGAGGAGGAUGCAGCAGGUGGCCUCCCAGCUUGGGAUCUUCAGCCCCAUGACCCUCAACUACCCUGCCUACAAUGCCUACACACAGGCGGUCAAUGCACAGCUUGUCCAACAGCAGGCCCUGGUUGCCCAGUCAGCAUACUUAUCUCCUGUGGCAACAGUUGCUGCCGUACAGAUGCAGCAGAUGGCGGCACUCAAUGCCAACGGAAUCAUCGCCACGCCUAUCACACCCAUCACACCGUCAUCGGGAACAAACACUCCACCAACUAUCGCAGCGACGCCCGUGCCAGCUCUGCCGCCGCCAAUAGGAGUGAACGGUUACGGCAGCGUUGCAGGCCCGACCAACGGUCAACAAGCGGAGACAUUAUACACCAAUGGUGUUCACGCGUACCAAGCUCAAAGUCCUGCAGCGGCACUGGACCCAUUACAGCAGGCCUACGCUGGUAUGCAGCACUACACAGCGGCGUACCCUGCUGCGUACGGAUUGGUCGGACAGCCGUUUCCACAGCAGCCAACGCUGGUUGCCCAGCAACACCAACAACCCCAGCAACAGCAGCAGAGAGAAGGUCCAGAGGGGUGUAACAUCUUCAUCUACCACCUGCCGCAGGAGUUUAGCGACUCUGAGAUGCUACAGAUGUUCCUGCCCUUUGGCAAUGUCAUCUCGGCUAAGGUGUUUGUGGACCGUGCCACCAACCAGAGCAAAUGCUUCGGAUUUGUAAGCUUUGACAACCCAGCCAGCGCCCAGGCGGCCAUCCAGGCCAUGAACGGUUUCCAGAUCGGCAUGAAGAGACUGAAGGUGCAGCUCAAAAGGCCCAAAGAUGCUAAUCGGCCAUACUGAGUGGAAACAGCGAGGAGGAGGAGUUAAAAAAAAAUUAGAAAGGUGAGUCGACCAUGACCAGGCAGUGAAUAACCAAACGUCAGGGGUGGGGGCGCUGUAUGUUGGAGAACGGGGCCAUAAACGUUAGUGUGAAACACGGGCAGGAAAGGUAACGUUAGCUUAGUCACAGUAAUGCUAACUCCAUGGAGAAAGAAAGAUACCGUAACGUAAACGUGACCGUAGACUCUUUAUAAGAACUGGAGGGAGUCGUGCCACUGGGGGGCGGUGAAGCCGUGGGAGUGAUGAGUGACUACAGACUGUGAUGUCAGUUUUCCAAUUUUGA